UAGCGGUAUGCCGGCACCGACUUCGUUGUCUUUCUCUGUUUUUUUUUUUUCUCGUCCCCUCGCAAUCCCUCCGCAACUCCUCUAGCCACACCUCGUAACAGUAACAUGCUCGUUUCCCUCCCCUCCCAACGGUCGACUCUUUUCAAAUUCAAACACCACCGCUUCCUCCUCUUCCUCUCCCCCUUCUCCACCUCCUCUCCCAACCUCUUGCCCCUCAUCCCCACGGCCCGAAUACUUCAACAGGCCCACGCGCGCCUCAUCCUCCACGGCCAUGCCCACAACUCCACCAUUUCCCGCCACCUCGUCGCGCGCUACGCCGAGCUCGGCAGCGUCGACCUCUCCCUCGCCGUCCUCUCCUCAGCCCGCCACGUGUCGCCCGCUCUCCACGCCUCGCUCCUCCGCAACUUCUCUCUCCAUGGCUGCUCGGAGGAAACCCUAAUAAGGGUUUAUUCCCUAAUGCUUCACGAGACCCAAUUUUUAGAUGAAUCCGUUUACCCCUUCGUAUUCAGAGCUUGCCCUAAUCUUCGUGUGGGCCAACAAGUACAUACCCAUGUGGCAAAAUUGGGUUUUGAGAGCUCUACCCUUGUGGGUAAUGCUUUAAUGGAAACGUACCUAAAAAACGGUGCACUGUGUUAUGCCCAACGAGUGUUCGAUGAAAUGCCGGAGAAAAAUUCGUCUUCUAGGAAUAUGAUGAUCUCUUGGGUGUGUGAGUGUGGUAAUCCAAUAGAGGGUUUUAGAUUAUUUGAGAGAAUGAUUUUGGAAGGAUUUGCGCUUGAUUCAGAUACUGUUGUUAAUCUUCUUCGGGCUUGUGUACUUUUAAAUAGCUUAGAAGCAGGCAAAUUGGUUCAUAAACUAGUCAUUGCAUACGACUUGUUUGAUGAGUUGUCAGUGAGUACUGCUCUAUUGACAAUGUAUUGUAAGUUGGGUAGAUUAGAGACGGCAAGAAUAUUGUUCGAUAAGAUCGGCAAUAAGGAUACUGCAGUUUGGAAUAUCAUGAUCUCGGGUUAUUCACGGAAUGGAUAUCCUGAACAUGCCCUAGAAUUGUUGAUACAACUGGGGAGAUUAGGGAUGGGAACUGAUUUGUUCACGGCCUUAGGUUCGCUUGUUUCAAUUACAGAGCUAAAAUCACUAUCUCAUGGUAAACAGAUGCAUGGGCAUGUGAUAAGAAAUGAAAUCGGCAAUCAAGUGUCAGUUUAUAAUGCACUGAUAGAUAUGUAUUCCACAUGCGGUUGUAUAGACUCAGCAAGAAAUAUAUUUGAUUCUUUGGUGAAUAAGACUACAGUGUCUUAUAGCUCGAUGAUAAAGGGUUAUGUAAACAAUGAUUUAUUCUCCGAUGCUUUAUUACUCUUUAAUGAAAUGAGGAUGGAUCAAGUGAAGCCUGAUUCUGUAACACUUAUCAGCAUUCUCCCAGCUUGCGUAAGUUUGAGUUUAUUGAAUCAGGUGAAUAACAUCCAUGGGUACUCUAUAAAGCUAGGUUUGGUUUCGGAAGCUUCAGUUGGUACAGCUCUUUUAGUUAGCUAUGCAAAGUGUGGGUGCAUAGAUCUGGCACAGAAAAUAUUCAAUCAAGAAAAUAUCAUUCACUGGGACUUGGUAUCAUGGAAUUCAGUAAUUGGUGCAUAUUCAAAUCACGGCGAUUGGUAUAGAUGCUUUGAAAUGUAUGAAAUAAUGAAGGGAUCAAAUGUUUAUCCUGAUAGAGUAACUUUCCUUGAACUACUAAAAGCUUGUGUUAACUGUGGGCUUGUGAAGCAAGGUUUGGACUAUUUCAAUCAAAUGGUUUAUAUCUAUGGCCUAAAGCCAGAACAAGAACACUAUGCUUGCAUGGUGGACCUUCUAGGACGGUUUCGGCUUUUCAAAGAAGCCCUAGAGCUUAUAGAGAGAAUGCUGUUUAAAGCGGAUUCUCGCAUAUGGGGAUCCUUACUGAAUGCCUCAGCAGGAAAAUGGGAUGGAGUUUCUGCUAUGAGAAGCUUUCUUAAAGAUAGUAGUUUGAAGAAGACACCUGGGUGCAGCUGGGUAGAGAUCAGUGGUCGGGUGCAUGAAUUUCGUGUAUUGGAUCGAUCUCACGAUAAUUCGCAAGGUAUUUACAACAUGUUAAGCAUUUUGGAGCAAGAGAUUAGAGAUGAUACUAAAGAAUGUAGUGUCUUGUGGUGUUAAUCAUGUUUGAGCACAUCGGAAAACUCAAGGCGAGAUCGUUGUGAUUGGAAAUGCAGAAGUUUACCAUUUCAAAUCUCAUUGUUUGUCCAGGCUCAAGCUUCCAUAAAAGUGCUAUUUGAGAGCUGUUUGAUGAAGUGGCCAUGAGUUCUUAUUAGAUUUCUCCAAUCGGCACUUCCGCUCCUAAAGCUUAAAAGCUCAUCUCACCCUACUAAUACAGGAAAUGCCUCAGUGUUUUUGGAAGCAACUAAUUGCCGCUAUUUGGAUCAAGAUGUGACACAGUUGUCCUUCUUCUAAAAGCUUAAGCUAUUGGAUCACGAUGUUUUAAUUAUCUAUAUUCAUCACUCCACAUUAUCUGUGAGCGGAUUUUGAUGACAGGCCUAACAUAGAUUUCCUGGAAUAAAUAGGAGAAAAUUAAAUGAGACAAGACUCCAAGGAGACUCAAACUCAAGACCUUGUGCUCCAACACUAUACAAAGCGACUGUUUUUUCAUUAAAAGCUAAAGGUACCAAAGUAUGUUGUUUGAUCAUUCAUAUUCAAACACCCAAAUCUGUUUCCAAAGCUGUUCCAGAAGUUAUUCCGAAUAUCAAAAGGUAAGAUAUACUGAACAUUCAUACACAAUCCUUGUACAUAGAAAAAUAGUUGAUUUGUAAUCUAUUAAUUGGCAUUGGUCAAGAUAUGUUGCUUAUAAAUGAAAUCAUUUUCUUUCGCAUUGAUUGAGCCCCUGAACUUUCACUUAGCAAACAAUUCAAGCUUUUGUUGUUCGAAGUUAAAUGCAUUGGUAGGAAAUGGUUGCAGUGCAUACUAUGUUUGAUUAUGCCCGGGGCAAUGACAAUAUGCCACUUGGUUGGUCACAGACCAGUCCAAGUGCAGUGCUCUG